AUCCUAAAGUUCAGUUAGGUUACUUGGGCACCGUGCUGCCCGAUUUCUUUCGUUGUGUAGAGGCAGAGGUAGAAUAGAGAAAGCUUUAAUUUUAACAAACUACUAGCGCAGCGUAAUGAUGUCAUGACCCAGUUUUCAUGAUUUAUUAAUAACAUUUUUUUACCAGCUGAAACAAUAUGGACACGUGUAUGUGAAAAUGUAUUUUAAAUCAUUUUUUUCCCGUUGAUAUUUAGUUGUAGCAUUCAAUUUGUUAUAUCAAAUAUUUAUUGAAAUAAAUAAUUAUAAUACUAUACUAUACUAUACUAUACUACAUUACUGAGAACUACAUUUUAGUAGGGUUAUCUAGUUUCUAUUUUUAAGCACCCACAGUUGUCAACAGUGUUGAAAAUAGAUUGUUCCUAUAAAAAAUAUAUAUUAAGUUUUACUACUAUUAUUAUUAGUUAGGCUAAGAGGAUAUAAUAUAUUCUGUUAUGACUUAUGAUUUAUGUUACUACUAAGCAAUAGCCUAUACAUUCUAAGUGAACUAAGUGUGAUAGGCUAGGCAUAACAUGAUCAUGAUGAUUUUAAAUAAAUCGUUUAAAUAUAACUUAUAAUUAUAACUUAUACGUGAGAGUGAGUGUAACUUAACUUUAACUUUUUAUUUUAUUAUUUGUUAUAAGUUAUUAAAAAAUGUUUAAUUGAAAAACCAUAAACUAGAGGAGGUCCCUCCAGACUGUAUAAUACUGUUUAUAAUAUUAUAAAAGUUGUUAGUUGUUAGUUGCCUCUCAUUUCACUGCUAAACUGAUUUUUGUGUGUUUAAUUUAAGUUUAAUUGAUUUUUGAAAUACCUAAUACAUUGAAUUUUUAAAAACAAUCUUUGUAUCCCCAGACCCUGGAAAUCAAGCCGAAGAAUAUGAGUUGGAUGUGAAGGGUCUGGAUGAUGUAAAAUUUGGACAGGAUAUUAGACGCAAGGAAUUUCUCCUCCAGCCUGACAUUGCAUUUUUAAAUCAUGGCAGCUAUGGCACUGUACCAAGAAGGAUUUUUGACAUGCAGAUCAAGUACGAUUUAAUUUAUUUACAAGUUUAAAUCACUGGUCAGUGGUCUUCAAUAAUUGUCACAAAACUGAGAACUUGGUGGAAGUAUGUUUUGAAAUGCAUCAAAUGAUUUCAAUGUGGAAUAAAAAAAUAAAAAAAUAUUUUUUAAUAAAAAGUAAAAAAAAAUGAACAAUGGUCACAUUAAGGAAACAAAAUAAUAUAUUACCUUGUGAUACUGGUUUCAUAUGAUUGAACACAAAUUAAAAGCACCCAAAAAGUCACUUGAGCAAAGCUCUAAUGGCCAAAAUGUCCUACGCCUGUUACACACAUGCAUAUCACAUUUUUAAGUUUUGUCACUCAUUAAAAUUUGGGACACCAUUCAGUUUAAAGCCAUAGAAAUCACUUCCAGGGGAUUCGCUUACAACCAAAUACAGAAGUAUGGUUGAAAUCACCUUAAAGUUCAAAAGAAAUUUUCCAUUAGGUAUAACCUUGAGAGAGAAAGACACCCUGACUUUUGGUUUCGGUUGAAUUGCAAGUACUACUUCGAUAAAAGUCGAAAGGCAGUUGCAGAUUUUAUUGGAGCUGAUGUGGACAAUUUAAUGUUAGUGGAUAAUGCAACAACUGGUAAUUUUCUUUAAGUUCUAAAUUUUAAGGUUAUGAAAAGAACAUCAUACCAUCACUUUUAUACAAUAAAAAAAAUUUUAAAAUAUUUAUUGGUUUAAGAAAAAUAAGUUUUUUUUCAAAUUUGCUUAAGAAAAGGAAAAGGCAAUUUAUAUUCCAAUAUCCAUAUUGCUUUAAUUUAAAAGCUGCUUAUAAAGUUAUCAAUAGGCUUGAGUGUAACUUUUCUGUAUAUUUUUUUCUCCAUUAUUCCUUAUUACAUUUUUCUUUAUGUUUGUUUCAAUCUAGCAUUAAAUACAGCAGUAAAAUCUUACCCAUUUAAGGCUGGGGAUGCGUUGUUGGAUACAGACCAGACUUAUGGAUCUAUUCAUAAUUUGUGUGGAGAUUUCACUUCAAGACUAAGGCCAGGUAAAAAAACCAAAAUUGAACAGAAAAUGUUCAUGUUUAAAUUCAUAGCUCAUGGGAACGUUAAAAAGUGUGAGCAAUUGAUAAGUUUAACUAAAAUUUAAUUUUAUGAGAGAUGGAGUCCCGUAGGCGGUAUGACAUUGACACUAUAAAAAUUCCCACAACUCCUGUGAUGGGGAAUGCAUAAAGGGCACAGUGAAACACACAAAAACACUACUGCUGGUCAUCUACCGCAUCCUAGUCUUUUCCGGUCAUCUUGAGUGUUUUGACAUUUGAUCAAAUAGGCAAGGGUGAAAAGAGCGAGUCUGAAGAACUGAGCAACUCUACAUCACUUUACACAAAAUACAGCUCAAGUCAAGGCUACUACUCAUGCUACUACUACUGCCUGGGUCACCUUCGCAUCCAAAGGACAAACAAUAAUAAUAAUUUAAGUAUGAGAACUAUAAUACCCUUGUUAUCACUUUGUACAAUAUUAACUUUUAGGGAUUUUUACAUUUUAUCAUUUUGUCUUUGACAGAUGUGGAAAGGGUGAAAGUUAAAAUUGAAUUUCCUAUUGAAAGUGAAGACGACAUCAUAAGAAAAUAUGAAGAAAUUUUUCAGAAACACCCAAACAUCAAGGUAGUUAUAAUUGGUAAGAUAUAAUUUAAAAGUGAUAUUUUAGUUGGCUUUUAAGAAUUUAUUACCAACUUAUAUAUAUAUAUAUAUAUAUUUAAUAGUAUAAAUGUAGAUAUGUAUAUCAUGGAAUUCGACAUUUUAGAAAGCUCAAUUAGAUAAUUUUUACAGUUAGUAAGUGUUGAAUCUGAAGAAAAAAAAAAAUUCAUUCUGAUGGGCUUUCUUGCUUAUGUAUCGAUGACGUAAUUGAAUCAAGACAUAAUUAAUAGUAUUAAUACUGUGGUGUAGUUCUUAAUUUUCUAUUAUUAGAAAUGAUGUUAUUAUUUGUUUACUGACUGACAUAAUUUUUUGUUGUGUCAGCUUACAUAAGUCUAAGUAGUAAACUGUUAUAAAAUCAAUUUUGAACAAAUUAGUUGAAACCCUUUAGUGCACAUGAGAAUGAAAAAUAUCAUUUUUUCAGAUCACAUAACAAGCCCUUCAUCCAUUGUGAUGCCAGUCAAGCAACUUGCUGUCCUCUGUCACAGCAAGGGUGCAUUAGCCUUUAUUGAUGGAGCCCAUUCCAUUGGCCAGGUGCCCAUCGACUUGAAGGAUAUAGGAGCAGACAUUUAUACCAGUUUGUUCCAUUCAAAUACUACAGCUAAUAUGGAAAUGUUAACAUGAAAAUACUAUAUUAAUUCUCUUGAUUAAAAAAAAAACCAAGUAGUUUAAACAGUUGAAAAAAUCUAUUUCAAAUACUAAGACUUAUCAGUUUAGAAUAAUGGAGUUUUGUUGGCCUUGAUGGUCAAAUUCUGUUGGCUACACCUUCUCAAUACCUUUUAACUUGUCAGGUCCACUAUUUGGUUUCAUUUUUAAACACUGUGCAAAAUUGAGUUGCAUUUUACUAAAAAAAAUAAUUGCCCUUUUAGAAUAUAUCACAAGCCAUUGUAAUAUAUAACAUCACACAUGGAGGAGGGAGUGCUGCAGCUUGUAAAUAGCUUGGACUGUCCAUCAGUCUACAGAAGAGAAAAGUUCAUAUUGUUAAAAGUAUGGGAGGGAGAAUUUAAGUGAACUAGGCUGUAACUGUAAGGGAUUGUUGUUCUUUUAAGUCACAAAAUAAGUCUUUACUAAGUUGACCUGGAAUCAUUUUCUUUCCUCCAGCCAACGUUCACAAAUGGGGCUAUGCACCACGAGGAUCUGCUGUUUUAUGGUUUGACAGUAAGCAUGCGGGUUGGAUCAAUCCCCCCAACACAUCCUGGUAUAUUGGAGACACUUUAGAGAACCAGUUCUUUGACCAAGGCACCAGGGACCACGUGCCAUACAUAUGUGCCAGACACAGUCUGGAUUUUUACAAUGCCAUAGGAGGAAUUGUAUGUAUUGUUCUGAUGGUUGUGUUUUGAAAUAGGACUGUAUAAGUUUACAUUAGUGUACUUAAUUAUAUUUUUUACAAAUAAUUUCACAAUAAUUUAUUGUUAAGGUUGGAAUACCAUAAUUUUGUUAAAGAAUGUUAAAUAACUCAAAUAUGAAUGUGAAUCACCUUUUUUGAAACAGGGACUAGUGUAUACUUAUGGUACUGCUGGGAUUUGAACCCUUGUCAGUAGUAUACUUUACCUUGCACAUUUCCAGAUGCUCUAUUGAAAUUUUAACUUAUAUAAAUGUUUAAAAAUAAAGUGGGCACAUAUUUGAAAUGAUAUAUAAUUAAAAUAAUUUUUUUUCAAAAAGUGUUAUUGAAAAAAUAAAACAAAAUUACCAUGAUAAAUCUUAUCUCAAAUUUAAUGAUUUGCCGAACAUUUUUAUCUCUCGUUACAGGAGAAGAUAAUUGAAUACACAUCUGAUCUCGCAGACCAAGCUAAAGAGUUGAUGGUUAAGGAGCUAGGAUUUAAACCACUGCCCAUUCCACAAUCUUUGGAAUCUCCUAACUUGAGAUUAGUCAAACUACCAUCAUUUCCCAAGUACCCUGCCACUGAGGUAAAAAAGACAGUGAAUCAAGAAGUAGUCAAGUAGUUGAUAAUUCAAAAACAUAAUUAUUAAAACAAAUAUUUGUUCCAUUUAUCAACUUUACUAUUCCUGAUUUAAUUUGAAUUAUAUUGGUGUCCCACCCACAACCCCCGGAUUAACUUUUCCAGAUUCUUUCAAGUCCUUUAAAUAAAAGUAAAUUUAUUUUUAAAAAUGGCUUAGUUCACAUCUUGGUGUUAAAUAUUUCAUACUGCUUCUUUGUCAACAGGCAGGCAUGACAGAACUUCAAAAAGCAAUUUUCGGAGGCUCUAAUGUCUUCGGUAUCUUGGCCCUUGUCAAUGGAGACAUCUAUUUCCGUUACUCUGUCCAAAUUUACAAUGAUAUAGAUGAUUUCAAGGCAUUUGUUGAUCUUUUUAAAAAGUUUGUUUACAAAAAUCCACAAUAGCCGUUUUUUAGAUACAAAUUUUAUUCAGAAUUGAUCUACCUAAAUGACUUUAUUUUCGUAAGAAAACUAUAAUCUCAUAUAGAUACUAUACAUUCUAUUUUUGUUUACACAUUGUGAUGAUUUGAUGUAUCUUAAAAGACCAGUAUUUUGGGAAAUGUAUGGUGAUGUACUUGUAAGGAAGGAUGGAGAAUGGUAUGUUAAACAACAUUAGAAUGUAAUCUAUGCAGGACAGACCAAAAAUAAAUAAACAAUAAUUUAAAUGCUCUUAUCUCAAAAACUGUUGUUAAAUAAAGUUUGAGCUUUUCACUCCCUUGUAUUGCGUCAAUAGUCAUUUGAAAAUAAAACUUGCCUGAAUAAAGUUGUCGAAAUUGAAAGGAAGGGAGCAGCUCAUCCUUACUAUUUCCUGUAAAAGUAAGUUUGCUGGUAUUCUUGGCUAUGAUGUUGGCCAUUUUCAGUGAAAAUUAAUUUUUAGUUAAGUUUAUGAUCAUUAUUGCAUAAUUGUUUAAUUUUUAGGUCAUGCUUUUCUAAACUACUGAGACUGUUGAACAUAUGCUGAGACCAUAAGAAGACUUCACUUGCGUUUGUGAAAUUUUUGUGUUACUUUUAUUUUGUCUGGGCAACAUCUGCAGUUUCCAAGAUAUCUGCUAUUUCAAAGCUGUUCAUAUUUAUUAUACUAUUUUUUGUUUGUUUCAUGGGCAUUUAGGCAAAAUUGUCAUCAAUAUUUAUUAAAUCUGGGAGGUCAUGUUUUGUGGAGCUUGACAUGUGGUAGUGUCCUGUCCAACUGCCGGAUGUUUCUCCUUUUUAGGAAAACUCUAAACAAGCGCAAAUGGUCGCUGGGUCAGUAAAACUGUGCGGCAUAUAUUAAGAUGCAACAAAGGGAAAAAAUAUGUUAACUUGGAAACAGAUUCAUCUGUUGUCCUCCAAUAAUCGAUUUAAAUUUGAUUUCAUGUGCCUAUCAAUUCAUUAUUUUCAUAUGUUUUGUAUUUAACAGAUAUUCAGAACUGUUAACACUUUUAUAUCUCCUAUCUGAAAAUAGUCUAAAAUAAAUCUAACCAGUCAAUGAUAAUCUCUAUUGUUUAAUUAUUCAGCCUAAUUAUAGCGAACGACAUGUUAUUUCUUGCUAGUGAAAUGAAAUAA